UAAUCCAUUUGUAACAAACUUCCAAUCUUCCUAGCUUCAAGAUAUCUUCCUCUUCCCAUUAUCCUUCUAAAAAUAAAAUAAAAAAAUGGAGUAUAUAUUUAUUUCACUCUUUAAAUACCCAUAAAUCCCCACAUUAUUUCUCCACACCAACACAACAUUUUCUCACUACUCUUAGCUAUCUCCAAAAUGAACCAUUCCCUCACUAUCUACGCCCUUCUCGCUCUCCUCCUAGCCACCGGAAAAUACGUCUCCGGCCAAAACAACGGAGGCAAUGUCGGCGGCGUGGUGACAGAUAGUUUCUUCAACGGCAUUGCUAAUCAGGCGGGGGCGGGCUGCGCUGGGAAGGGAUUCUACACACGCGCCGCCUUCCUACAAGCGAUUCAGCUGUACCCCAACUUCGGCAUGGUGGGGUCCGCCGACGACUCGAAGCGUGAGAUCGCGGCGUUCUUCGCUCAUGUCACGCACGAGACCGGGCACAUGUGCUACACACGAGAGAUAAACAAGGCGGUCUAUUGCAGUAGCAACAAACAGUGGCCGUGCACGCCGGGCCAGAGCUACUACGGCAGAGGCCCGCUACAGCUGACGUGGAACUACAACUACGGCCCGGCGGGCCAAGCCCUAAAUUUUGAUGGAUUGAACAACCCCGAUAUCGUGGCCCGGGACCCCGCCAUCUCAUUCAAGGCCGCGCUGUGGUUCUGGAUGAAUAGCGUGCACACGGCUAUUACAUCGGGGCGGGGUUUUGGGGCCACGAUUAGGGCUAUUAACGGCGGAGAAUGCGAUGGAGGGAGGCCGGCCGCCGUGACUGCUCGUGUUAAUUAUUAUACGAGUUAUUGUAACCAAUUCGGAGUUAAUCCCGGACCUAAUCUUCGUUGUUAGGAGAGCUAAUUAACAUGCAUGGAAUAAAUUAAUGAUGUUUGAUCAUUAGUGUAUUUGAAUUGAAGUUUGCAGCAUUAGAAAUGGGUAUUCUCAACGGUUCAGCUUC